AUGGGGACGGGCGUUUCCAAGAAUCCGAGUACCGACGGUUCGAAUGGAGGUCGGGAAUGGGAUGUGGUGGGGGGCGGACAGCUUUACAUCUCCCUUAAGAUGGAGAAUUUCACGGUUCAGGGGGAGCUCAUUCCCCACGUUUACGGCUCCGUCCCCAUCGUCGGUUCCUGGGACCCCUCGAAGGCUGUAAGCGAAAUACACAGAACAUCUCUGCUGGUUCCAGUUGAAUUCAAAUACAUGGUUCCUAGUUUUUUUUUUUUUUCUUUCACACAUAUAUCGUCUGCUCUCCUCCCUCUUUUCCGCCGUCUUCAGCUCUCCAUGGAGCGUGAGUCAGCAUCGAUGUGGGAACUCAGCUUCGUCGUUCCUCCCAACCACGGUACCGAUCUGCGCUACUUCUGUGUUCUGAAAGAAAGAUUCAUUAGCAUGUCGAUUCCCAUGUUUAGUUUUCACCCAUUUGUCAAAUCCUCGACAGAGACGCUGGACUUCAAGUUCUUGUUGAAGCCGAGGUACUGCAGUGUCCCGUGGGUGGUAGAAGAUGGGCCAAAUCGUGUGCUCAAGGGAGGCACUCUCUGUGGAGACGCAAGGCUGGCGAAUUUCAGGAUGGGUUCUGCAUGCAGUGGUGGAGGUGGCGAGGAGAUGCUAGAGUGCAGGGUCAUAAUGAAGGCUGACAUAGUCUCCCCAUUUGAUCUCGCCGCCAGCUGGAGGGCGUAUCAGGAAAAUUUCCAGCCAUCUACUGUGCGGGGGAUUCCGGAUGUCAGCAUCAACUCCGCCCCUGCUAUGGGCCUUGAGGUACGGCCAAUUAACGCUGCCCAAAAUCUAAUGAUCUUCGCCUUUGCUAGUUUUUGCUUGAAAACAUUAUAAUUUAAGUUUUUUUUUCAUUCCACUGCGUUGCUCAUGAAACGACCAAUCUCUAGAUACAUCUCAGUAUAAUGGCAUACAAAAUGAGUAUAAUUAAUGAUAUCUUGUACUUUUUACCAACGUUAUUUUGUAGUAUCUUAUUUAUUUAUGCGAAAAAAUUCCUUCUUAGCAGAAGGGAAGAAAAAAAAUCCUUCUGGUGCAUGAAACAGCUAUUAUUUAUAAGAUAUCAGUGAAACGAAUGCAUAAAAAUCUGGAAAAAAGAUACAUUUUCCGCAACGACUGCCAUCACAACUAGACCCAAAGUGGUCAUAUGUAUGAGAGAUUGAGCACCCCCAGUGUAGUUUCUUGGCGAGAUUGUACUGUAAUUGAGAUGAAGUCAUGGUUAACUGUGCCCAGGUCGUAGACCUAGUUUUAUUUGCGUUAAGGAUAUACCUCUGCUAUUGAAAGGAAUUUAUUGGCCCUUGAAAGUGUUUUUUAUUGGUUUUUAUUUACCUCCAAGGUUUGUUUGUUUGUUUCUUUCUUAGUGGUGCUUUUUUUUUCAAACGUUCACCAAAGUGUAAGUUGCAGUUUCAUUUUAAUCCUCUUUUUUAUAUAUAAAUUUAUCACCACAUACUUUUACAUAUAAUGGAUUUCAUGUUUAUAUAUCAUAUUUUCUGGCAGGCAUAAUUGCCAUCGUAUUUAAAUGUUUAACAGAACGGAUCUACGGCUGGCUUGGAACUUGAUUUAGAACACUACGUCGUUCCAUCUCCAGUUUCAUGUGCCACCUCCGGUACAGUCUACCCUGCUAAUCUGACAGAGAAUCCAAGGUCAUUAAAUUACACCAAUUCCGAUGGCACAAGCUUCAAUUCGCAUGUAACAAAUCAAGCUUCUGGUGUAAUGCAGAUUGAACAGGCUGCUGCUCAAAGGGUUCUUUCUAAUUACCUUUUCCUAGAUUACGUGCAAAUUUUAUUUGUCAUUGGCAUCGUUAAUAUUCUACAAGUUUUGUGAGAUUUGACAGCGUUGAUUAAACUAAUUCAGUGACUAUGAAGAAAUAUAACAUCAUCUGUGAAAAGAAGAUCAGUCACCACAAAGAAAAUGAAUUUAAUUUAGUUACUUUAGUUGAAAGGAUGCUUUUCCUACAUGAUAUCAAGAGCAUAAAAACGUAAUGACUAACUCUAGAAUGAUUGUUGCUUUCAAAAGUUUCUUAGGUGAAUGGUGAUCAACAACAUGUUCAUUAUUCCUUGCAAUGUGAAUGGUGGCAUUGUUUUUCAAGUUAGGGUAAAAUGAUGUGUGCAUGAUCUGAUGUCUUUCAUAAAAUCAUUGAAGAAUAAUAAAGAGAAAGCCACUGAAUGCUGUAAAAAAUUCGAGUUUCUGGAGUUCACUUGAUGUCUAUGCUCAUCGAUGACUAUAUUCGCUGAAGGUAUAUGUAUAUUCAUUCCAAUUUCCACAAGUUGUCCUCAAUCUUGGCUAUUCUGUCCUUAGUCAUCCUUAAAAGUACACGUUACUAUUUAAAAGUGGAGAAUGCACAGAACACCCAAUAACCGGAUGUCUACUGUGCGCACAUAUCUCCUUCUUACUAUUUUUUUCCUUUACCUUAACUUAUUCGCUUGCUUUUACUAUCUUUCUGGAGAAUGAAUGAUCUAACUUGGGUAAACGCAAUGGACAAUGCGAUAGAGGACCAAAGAAGAAUAAGACUUUGGAACUUUUGGAUCUCCAUAAUGGGAAGAGCUUAGCUGGUUCCAGAUGAUUUUUUAUAAGCAAGAAAAUGAUAGAUAGUUUAGUUGGACAUCAAUGAUGAAGUUGAAGUUAAUAACAUUUUCUCAUUAAUCAGACACUGCCAGUGGAUCCUUCACCGAUUUCAUGUUGAGAAUGCCUUUCUGAAUGAAGUUUUACAUGACAAAGGGUAAAUACCAUGGCAUAAAAAAAUGGAGUCAGAGGGAACAGUGGCAUGUUAAAUAUAGGUCACUAUAUGGCUUUAUUUAGCAAGUUAUCUAAUCAAUCAACAAAUUGUUCUGACGCACUGCACCUGAUCUGACGUAGAUAUUGAGUGCCAUUAGUAGGUACGUGCAUUUGCAAAGGAGCUCUCGCAUAAAAGUUGGUUUUAAUGCUUAGGUAUAUCAAGUCAUGGCCAUGGAAUGAAGUAUUGCAUACUUGGAGUCAUCUUGAUAAUUGAAAGGCAUGUUAAUGGUUAAUCUCGGGAUAUUACGCUUAGUGAGAAUCUGGUGAGAUGGAGGAGUAAGAAAAGAACAUGUGUCAAGAACAUGUGUUCGUCUAUAAGUGCUUCCAUAAUUGGAGUUGUGUUGACAACAAGGAUGUUAUCGAUAUUUCCAAUAAUUAUGCAUCAGAACAUCAUAGACAUCCAUUAGGAUUGAUUUUGCACUUGACUAUAGAAUGGAGAGAGUGGAGAGUCAUGCAGUCUCCAUGUUUCAAGUUAUUAGGUUGCGAGCAUCUUCACCAGAAGGCUUUCAAGGUGUUUUCUCACUUAAGUGGUGAGCAAGCUUCACAUGAAAGAUAUCUAUGGUCACCCAUAGAUCUAAGUGUCAGAGAUCUAAGUGUUACUGUUUAUUAAAUUAGACAACAAUAGAAAAUGUGCUAAAUCUUCGUCUUAACCUUUCUUGUAAUUCAACAAAUGUAGAAUCUUCAUGUUUUUUCAUGUUUUCUCAUUUAUGCAUAUUUGUCUUCAUUCAACGAGAGACAAGUAAUUUCCUCUGUUGCAGAUUAUUUUCCCUUAAGUACUCAUCUUCUUAUUUUUGUUUAUGUAGUGCAGGAUACGGAUUUUGUGGUUUCAGAUACUUCCAAAUUAACUACUGUGUCUGGGACGGAUGAGUCAAAGUCAGUGGGCACGUUUUCACCAUUGCAAAAGCAAGAUGGCCAGAAGGGUCUCUUUGUUGAUAGAGGAGUGGGCUCUCCUAGACUUUCUAAAUCAUCUAGUUCAAGCGUUCUCAAAUUGGACUCUGAAACGAAGGUUAGCUUUUCUGUUUUUCCCUUUAACUACUGUCAAAAGAUGUUGCCCGUUCUCAUGUAUUCCAUCAUCUGUGAUCAUGAAACCAUGAUUUGUAUUACCUUCAUAGUCUGCUUUUGUUGUUUAGCAUCACGUGCUCGUUAGUUAUUGGUCCACAUUUUCCACUGUUACUGGAUGGUGAAUAAUGCCAUAGUCUGCAAUGAAGGUCAGAAGGAUUGUGUGAUUGUGAAGCUUUGAGAAAAUACCUGUUGCAAUCUUUCAAUCAUGUGCUCGAAUCAGUUUAUGUACUCAAAAGAUAUAAAUGAGGUGGUGCGACUGUGGCACUGCAAUUCCUUUCUAACUGAUAUCGGAAAAUCAAAUUGGGAAUGGUUUGGGGUGUCAAUGAUCCGAGCCAACAUGUCUGAGCUUCUCGGUGUAAAAUGAAGCUAACAAACUUUCCUCUUGUUACUAUAUUUCAUUAGAAAUGUUUUAGUGCGUCUUCAGCCAAAUUAUUUCUGCGUAGAGGAUCUGAAAUUCUAUUUUUAAUGAAAUGAUUUAGUAGUUGUUUAUUUACUAGUACGAGUCAGAAGAAAAUAAAAUAACUUUUUUACGUAUUGUCAGUUAUGCAAUUUACUAAUCAUCCUUUCUGUAUUUUUGGUAGAUUCUGUGAUGUUUUACCCACUUAUCUUUUGGUAGUAUUGAUAAAAUUCUUAUUGAUAUUGCUGUGAGUUGCAUUUUAAAUUGUUUUUGGUACAUUGCUAGUGUCACUGUCGAAUUUACAACUCUGCCUUUUGGUUUAUUCUAUAGCCGUCUUAAUUGUUGAUUUGUUGGAACAGAGGUUCAUUUCUAGAAUGGCAGUGUUUAUUUUAGGACUAUCAUUACCGUCGUUGUUCUCAUGCUUUCAUUUUUUUGAUAAUCAGGACAUGCCAGCAGCUUCUGGAGCUGUAGCAGCUGCAGCUGUGGCUGAUAAAAUGCUUGGACCAAAGGAGGAUCGCCGACUAGCAAUUGUGUUGGUAAAUACCUUGUUUAACGUCCAAAUAUUAUCUUUUUCCACUAAUGUACGGCCCAUCUAUGACUGAAGAGGGUAGGCUUUAAUAGAGGACACUGCUUGGUACUCCUUUCAUUCUUUUAUGUUUGCUGCUUGAUGAAAUAACUGAGAUCACUCCAGUUGCAUGUUCAUAGAUGAUAGCACCCAGAGGUUUCUGUUUUUUUCAUGGGAAAGCUGAAGUUCUGUGCCAUAGCCGAAUGGCACAGUGUCCGUGAAUACAAUUUCAUAGAUAAAGAUGAAUCUAUUUUGUCCUUUCUUAUAUCAUUGGUGACUAUGAUAUCAGAGCAUUUUGUUGUACUCCGGAUAUUGUCUUCUGAGACACUUUGCCGAAAGCUGCUGAAUGAAAUGGAUCAUUUGCCUCAUUUAUGAUAGUUUUUUUCUGGCGUUCAGUAGCUUCAAAGAAAUUUAAAGUAAAACUGAAGAAACAAUAGUCAAAUUAAUGCUGAGAAACUUCAGUUUGUAGCAUGUUUUGAGUGGAAAUUUCAAAUUUCGCAAGUCAAGCAUAUGCCUUGUUUUUUUUUUCAAGACUGGGAUCCAUUUUCUGAUUGGGAUGUAGAGAUUGUGUUUAUGAUCUCUGUGAGUACGAUAGACUUGUUCAUAGUGAUCAAUUCAUGAGAAACAUUCCCAAAAGUUAAAGGAGAAACAGAAGGAACCUCAGUCACCUGGUUAUCCUGAUAAAUAUAAUGGUUGAAUGAACCAUGACAUGUAUAAGGGAUCGUUUAAGACCUAUAUAAUUAGUAUAUUUUUUAUGAUGGUCCUAAGAAGAUGAUGUCAGAAUUUCCCUCCUCUCUGUUUCUCUCUGUGAAUCUGUUUGCUUGUCUCUUUCUUUGAAAAGGCUUAUCAGACUUCCUUGCCUGUGACGUGGCCGUCAUGGGUACUGUGGUAAGUGGAUGGCAAUUGGUGGUUACUUGGAGAAAUUGUCAGCACCCUAAACUGGAGUUUUAUUGCAACAUCACAAUAUCACAGUCAUAAUUUUAAUCUAGGAAAGUUAAUUAAAAUUUUUUAUUUUGGACAUCUUCUGUAAGUUUUAAUCUAGGAAAGCUUAAUGAGGCACAAAUUAAAGUUCUCCACUCCCUGCUGGGGCUUGACAAGAAAUAGGCAAACCAGAGACGUUGCAGUUCAGGAAAAAUAUAAAGACCAACGCAAUGUUUAUUUAUUCUUAAGUACAGACAUAAGAAAUCAGUCAUACUGGGUAGUCUUUAUUCUUCUAUGGCUUACAUCAAUUAUUUUCUCAUAUCCUUGGACUGAAGGUUGGCUUACCUGCACGAGGAAAGACCUUCACUGCAGCUAAACUUACUAGGUAUCUUCGCUGGUUAGGUCAUGAAACCAAGCAUUUCAAUGUUGGCAAGGUGAUAUUUUUACGCAAUUUUUUUGGAGUCAUAUGCUCACUUUGAUUUUUGUGGGUUUAUUUCCUCUGUUUCUUCAUCUGAUGCUAGAUUUCUUCUCAAUUUUCUGCCUGAUCUAUGAAACAGUAUCGUCGCCUGAAGCAUGGUGUAAACCAGGUAUUUUUCUCAUGAAGUGAUUUUUAUGAAAUUUCUUCUCUGAGCUUUUUUCAGAUGAGACGAAAUUUAAUUUGCAAAAUCAAAUUCUAACCCUGCCUUACUAGCAUUGUACCUUAAAGUUAUUUUAUUUUUGCCGUCAUCUAUGACUUUAUUGGCCUCUUUGUGAGAUUCAUUUCAUUGGUCUAUUUUUUUGCACAUUACUAAUCGUUUCACUUUAUUUCAACAAUGUUUCAUAUACCGUAUCUGUACUGACAGGAGUAUAAAAAAAAUACAGGCCAAUCCAAGAUGGCUCAUUUUCCCGUCCUGUUGAAAACAGUAUGCAUUGUUAUUUUUCAACGCUACUUGCCCUUCACAUGUUUUGUUGUCUUCCAGAAAGUCGUGUUUACAACAAUUGUCUUUCCCUGGGACCGUGAAAUGAACAAAAAGCUUAUAGAGAAGGGAAAUACUGCAGGGGACAUCCUAAAAGACAGACUUUCAUCUCAGGUUGUGGUCAUGAUAAUAAUUCUGAAGGAUAUUCCAUUAUGAAACUAAAUUAAGUAAAAUAGUACGCGGCUAAAUUUUGGUGUAUUGAGGGGGGAUGGAUGCUUCAACUGUGCUAUAGUUCCUUGGGUAAAGGACGUCAAAGUUGGAAAAUGAGAUGGACAUCUUUGGUAAUGCAAUUGAUCGUUAUGAACUUUCCUCUUCCCAGCAGACGAUUUCCAGUUGUUUACUUUAUUGAUGAAGGACUGUAUAUGCACACUCAUUUAUUCACUGUUCAAUAGUGCACAAAUGAAAGGAUUUCUUUUUGCCUGUUGUAACUUCUAUGGUAGUUUUUCUAGCUUUGAUUGUUUUUUGUCCAUUUUUUCAACUUUUUGUUUGCUUCCCUUUUGAUUCUGUGUUGUCAUCUUUGAGAAAGUAGGCAUAUACUUGUCUAUGAAUAAUUUUUUGAGAUUAUUUUCUGCCAUGUUCUGUAUAUUUCUCAUCUCCUUAGAAAACUUAAAACUUUGUUAUUUCAUGCAGUCAGCAGAUUUUUUCCGAGCUGACAAUCCAGAAGGCAUAGAGGCACGCAAUGAGGUGAACAUUAAUUUACUGUAUGUGCCAUUCAAUUAAAUCGACAAGUUAUCUUGUAAAUAUGUAAAGACUAAUUCUAUCUUCAGGUUUUUGUCUGUGAUUCUUGUAUCCACCUUUUGAUUUUACUGUUUGACAUAAAACAUUGUUUUUGACAUGCAUAUUUUUGACUUUACAUAUCUGUAUUGCUUCUUGUAAGGUGCCUGAACUUAUACCCCUUUAUGGGGAACCUAUUUUUCCUGUCAGCAAGGUAGGAGAUUCUAUUGCUUUAAUUACCUUCACCAGAAAAGCUAGAAAGCCUUAUUUGUGGUACUUGGCAAUACUUAAUAGCAGUGUUUUGAAACCAAGCUUUCACUUUAUGUCGAUUAAGAAUCUUAUAUUAUCAGUUGACAUCUAUGAUUUUUUUGGGUCUAAUUUUCUAGCUAAACCUGAUUGAAAAUGAAAUGAUUUGACAAGUGUUUCACCUUCAGUCGAAUGGUAUUGUCCGUGAAGUAGACAUCGGUUUUGUUUUAAAGUAAUUGGCUUUCCUUUGUUUUAUAUCGUCCUUUUAUGCUGCUGGUUACUAGGUAGCUGCAUUGGCAAUGGAGGACAUGUUAUCCUGGAUGCAAGAAGGAGGUCAGGUAAAUCGUUUUCUUCUUCUUUUACGCUGGUCAUUUUGGACCCUGAUAUAAAUUAUUUAAAUCAUAGGUUGGUAUAUUUGAUGCCACUAACAGCACCAGAGGACGAAGAAACAUGCUCAUGAAAAUUGCUGAAGGACGAUGCAAGGUAUUUUUGUCUUGUAUGCGGAAAGUGAAUGAGCUUGCUUAGAGGACAUUGGAUCUCUAUUAGACUGUUGAAAACAUAAGAAGUUGUUGCUGCAUCUGAUGUUUGUUUUGAAAACGCAGUCUAGUAAUCUACAAACAAGAUACUGGAUGAUGAUGAAAACUUUCUUUACAAACUGUUAGCUUUUUCGUUUAGAGAGAUGAUUUUUCAUGAUUUAUGUGUUUUGCUUAUUUAGUUAUGGUGUUAUAAUUUUAUUUUAGUGUAUUAUUUCCUUGGAAUCCUUAAUUUAUUAAUGUAAGUAAUGAAAGUCAUUUAGAAGUUUAUUAAAGAAUUCUCAGUUCACAAGUUUGUUGGGUGAAGUUCAUUUAUUUUGUGCUAAACCGUUAGAUAUAAUGCCCACUUAAAUUUAGCUGGGCUUUGCUACUAAAGGUCCAUGUGAGAUAUUAUUAGACUUAUUUACGUUAGGUUACACCAUUGGAUCUAAUGAAUGCAUACUGUCAUCACAGAUCUUGACCAUUGGGUGCAGGGCUCUCAUCACGAUUUUGAGACUCAUUCGCAUUGUUAGAUCCAGUGAUAUAAAACCAUGAAAUUUGUUGAAGAUUCGCCUUAUUUUUCCUCAAUAUUUUUCUAAUCUAUAUCUAACCCAAAAAGCAUCGUAAUGCAAUCUUAAUUAUCUGGACACAAUCUCACAGAUAAAAAACUCAGACAAGUAUCCGACAAUGCAAUAAAUUUUAGAUUAUUCACAUUAUUUGAUUGACGCAUAGAUGUUUAGUUGACCAUUGAUACUCUGCCUUUCGUGAAUUUAAGUCAACAGUAGUUAGUGACGAAAACUAAAUUCCUAGAUGUCUCAUGGUAUGGUGAUAGUUACCUAUUAAGCUAGAUAGGAUGAUAUUUCUUUGUUAUCAGUUCUUUAAGCUUAAAGUUUAAGCUAGUUCCUUAUAUUGGACUAUUGUGUACAUUUGUCUCACAGAUUAUGGAAGAAGAUAACAAUGCUUUUUUUGUGUCGGGUACUUUUCGAGUUAUCUUGGUAGAGAUAGCCUCACCUUUUGAUGUAUCUUCUUGCCAAUUUAGGGGGUGAUAUAUGAAUAUCAUGCACGUUUUGCUUUGAAUUUUUAUUCCCUUAGGCAUUGGCUAAUUUUUUGACUGAUUAAAGUGGUUAACAUGUGACAGUUAUACUGUUUAUUAGUUUCAUUUUGAAUUUUUCCUUUCUAAUGAACCCAAUUGUGCUGGUUACAGAUUAUAUUUUUGGAAACAAUAUGUAACGAUGAAAGAAUAAUUGAAAGAAACAUACGCCUGAAAAUCCAGCAAAGCCCUGACUAUUCUGAGGAGUAAGCUAUCGUAUUGUUGUUUCUUUACUCUAGAGUGCUUUUAUGUUUCACAGUGGCCUAAUGAUUGGAUUGAGCAUUGCUAUGCAGGCCAGAUUUUGAUGCUGGAGUAAGAGACUUUCGGGCACGCCUAUAUUAUUAUGAGAAGGUUCAUAUGCUUUACACUAUUUAUCUUAUCUGUUAACGUGGAGUAUCGUUCUAUGGGUGGUGCCAGGUUGAAUAGUCCUAUAAUAUGUACCAUUUUUACUCAGGCAUAUGAACCAGUUGAAGAGGGUUCCUAUAUAAAAAUGAUUGACAUGGUCAGUGGACAUGGUGGGCAGAUACAAGUAAGUUCGAAUGAUUACCUUUCCCUCUUUUUCUCGUUUAGGCCAAUGAGUUUUCUAUGCUCCACUUUUCUAGUUUCAUAUUUUGUUUACAAUGGUAUAUUAUCAUGGUCAUCGUUCCUUAAAAAAUGUUACAUUCAUUAACUUUCACAUCCAAAGCCUUCUCUCACUGUAAAUAAAACCUAGAAUUUUAUUCAAUCGAAGAACAGCUAAGAUAAGGAUGUAGCAGAAAUCACAUACAUGUUCUAAUUAUACACAUGUAUAUCUUUGUUGGUCCUGAGAUCGCAUGACUUGAUUGUGUCACUUGUGGAAAUGUUAUCUUGCCUCUCACUUUCUUGAGAGUUACAGUGAAUGUGCUUGUGAUAAUGUGAUGUUGGAAUUGGCUGUGAGAAUGUGAUUAUCACUUAUUUACUAUUUUCCUAUUUGAAAUCAUUCCUUACAUCUUUUAUUUAUAUGCACAAAACUUGCACGGCUUUGUUUUCUUGAUACUUCCGUUUUAUUUACUAUUUAGAGACUUGACUAAUUGUGUAAGGGUGUCAUUUUCAUUCAGGUUAACAACAUCAGUGGGUACCUUCCUGGAAGAAUAGUAUUUUUCCUGGUACGUUUCUAUCAUUUAAUAUUCACCAUCCCUUUCAGAUUUCCUAAGUCUACGAUUGGAGAAAUUAUGUAUGUAGUUGGAUUUCUCUAGUGGUGUGAUCUAAUACCCAAAACCAUGUAUUGAAAAACCGUGAAAGGCAUCGUUUCUAUUAGUUGGGUGACCUUUCCGGAUAGCUCAUUGGAAAGGGAUGAACUCUGAUGGCAGUAUGUGAAGGUUAUAAGGUGGAUGAUCCUGUGCCCACAAAAAAUAUCGCAGAGCACAUGACUAUUAAAGUUUAUGAAGAAUCUUUAGGCUUUGGGCUGUCAUGGGACUAUCUCAUCUUGGCGAAACAAGAAAACGUUCUGGACUGUGAGGGGCUGUUGUCAGUGCAUGCGUCUUUGCAUGCGUGCCAGUAAAUAUCGUGCUAAAAAAUAUUUCCGUAAGGUUUUUUUACAUUUUAUGGUCAAUAGUGUGACACAACUACCCAGUUCACUACACUUGUAGCUUGUUUCAAUGUUCAGUAGUAAUGAUUUCUGUUUGGCAACUUUUUUCAGAAUUUGUUACUGUUUUUGGCGUACUACAGUUAAAAGGAAAACAUUAUAUUUUAUUGUCAGGGUUAAAUCAUAUUUGCACUUCAAAAUAACUGCUGGCUAUGUAAAUAUUGCGUUUUCUCAUUAACAUUCUUGUGUUUAUCUUGUUAGGAUAAUUAGUUGGAUUGUGGUAAUAGGGCCGGUAGACCUAGUUUGUUUUGUCUUUUGUGGGCCUAUUCCCAUAAUGAUAUUUUUCACAUCAUGUCUCUAACAUGAUGCUAGUUUUCUUCCAAUGGCUAUCUUCAAUGUAUUUCCCUUCAUCAUAGAGAUGGACAAGUGGGUCAAUUUCCUUAUCUUUGGCCCCAUCGAACUCUAUAUAACCACCAUAUUAUCAAAUUCUGUUUAAUAGGAACCCCUUGGUGGAUUUGUUCUUUAUUCUGCGAUGAUCGUUGCACCGUCAUUCGUUGAUCUAUCUCUUCUAUCCUACUUCCCUUAUCUCUGUCUUGAAGUUCCUCCAUUUAAUUUAUUCUCCACUGCCAAUCAUUGCUAUAGAACCAUAUCAUCCCUGUGACGAUGUCCCUCUUCCAUCUUCCUUCAAGAUUUGGCAGCUUCAUUUCUUCAAUCAUAAGAGUCUAUGACACCCAUGGUUUCAUAUGGCCACCUUUUCAUUUUCGUGGAACUUAGGUAUCUUCUUGACUCUUGUGCUGCUGUUUCUAUUUGUGUCUGUCUCAGAUACCAACUUCUGCAGGAGAGGCUCAAAUAGAGUUUAAACCUUUGAUGGAUUGCCCAGCCUCUAUUAGACCUCUUGUUCCCAUCCACUCUCUGUGGUCAUUUUGCUGCCUCCUCUCUUUUAUCUGUGCGAAUUGGGUGGCUUAUUCUCUCCCAUACAGGAGUAAUCCUUCUUGCUGACAGCAAUGUAAAUGUUGUAUGCCUAAACGUUGUCUUUUCACAAGACUACUGUAAGUGCUCAUUUUUCAACUGCCCUGGAAAUGAGACAGUGUAGGCGCCCAGAGCAUUUGGGCUCCUUAGUUGAACUAUGCAAAUGAUAUCUGUAGUGGAUCUGUAGAGCACUUAUGUACACGCCAGCAAAAGUAAAUGGCAUCAGUAGUGCAUUUUAAAUGGCAUCUGCAUGUUUUGGAACCUGUUUGCAACGUGAAUGCUCAUGCUGUUCAUAGUUUUGUGUUGUAUGGCAUCUUAAUUAAUGGCUUAACAGCCUUUGUCUUGGGUAAAUGAUCCAUUAAUUUUUCAGUAUUUAUUAACUACAUAUGUGAUUUUUUACAUCAAAUCUAUACUAAAUAAUAAUAUAAAUGGUAUAAAUGAUUUCAAUAAAUGGAAUAUGGAUUUAUCGAGUGCGAUUGUUGCAUGCUAGUUAUUUUUUGUACUUUUUAUAUCUAUUUACAUUUAAUAAAUAUUUUUUCAUUAUUUCUUUGUAAAUUUAAUUAAUCACGACUUAAACUCACUCUUAUCAUCUCAUAGGAAUAAGACCAUAGAUUAUUGAUUUGGUCACUUUGGUUGCCUUAAAACCUCGGGCAUAGUAUAGUUGUCCCUUCUCUCUUUUAUGUGAGGGAGAUUCAUCUUUAUUGUAAUUCUUUGCGCUUUCUCUCUUCAACCCAGUUUUUACUAUAGGUUCUCUAUGUAAAUGCGCAGGUUAACACUCAUCUCACACCGCGACCCAUUUUACUUACAAGGCAUGGAGAAAGCCGAGACAACGUUCGAGGGAGAAUUGGGGGUGACACAAUAUUGAGGUUUUUUAUUUAUUUAAAUGAGUUUUUUUUAUCUGUUCACGGGAUAAAUAAUAUGGAGAUGCUUGAGUCGUGAUAUACCCAGUUUUUCGUUAUGAAAAUCCUGUAAAUUAUUCCGCCUCUCUUUUGUUUCUCAUUGUUAUUCUCCUUGCCAUUGUAUAUACACAACCUACCAGCCUAAUUAUCUUCCUUCUUUGAUUGUCUCCCUUUUUUUCUCAUUUGAAACUCUACCAUAGAUACUAAACAUUCAUUAGCUUAGACUUUCUUGUUCUCUACUUGCUCGUGACCUUGAAAUGCACACUAUAAAGUUUGUAUGGAAUCAUUACUCAGAUUUUGACCCUGCAAUGCAUCAUACUUCGGGUUUUGCAAGGAAUACAAAAAUGAAAUCCAUUCUUCACACUUUCGAAACCUCUUUUGAUCCUAAGAUGAGCUUUAAUUCUCUGUUAAAUAACAAUCCAUUUCGUCUCAUUUACCACGUAGGGAGAUUUAAUUGCUCUUAUUGACAUAUUUCGUUGUCUCGUGACGUUUAUUUCAGUUGUGAGGUGAUAAGUACUGACAAUGCCAUGUUCUGCCCAAACAUUUUCUAUAGAAUCUUUCACUCGUCACGAUUUUUCUUCUUCCAUGAAAUCGAGGGCCAAAUUUAGAAGCUAGCAGGGAUUAUCAACUACGAAAUCACAACUCUGUUCUCGAGAAGCCACACCUCAUAUUUUAUGUCUUCUUUCUCGGGAGGAUGGAGUCUCCCUCCUAUUAAUGACUUAAUGAGCUGUGGCCAGUGAUAAAAUGAGGGGUUGUAGUUGGAUCAUACCAUGUAUUGGGUCUCACUUAGCUUCAUUAGAAUCAUUUCAGUAAAAAAAAUUUCACUUCCAAUGAGAAUGUAUUGUGUAGUGCUGGCAAAAAAGUUGAUAUGCUGCUCUUUGAGAUUGUUUAAUGUGAAACCCGGCCCUCAAAAAACCGGCUUUAAACAUUGCUGACGGGACAGAGGGUGAUGAAACCUUCAAUAUGAUGAAAGAUUCUUAUUGUUCCCUUCUACCCAUGUGAAUGUGCUGCUUCCCUGACGACAAUACAUGAGCAGCAAGAGAAGGAGAGGGGGCCAAACUGUACUUCCCUUUGAAGCCGACUCUAACAGCACACAAUUAAAGAAAAAGAUAGAGAAUAAGGGUUUAGUUCGCCGUCUGAACUUAAUGCCGGAAUAAGUUUUAUACUUCAAAACUUUCUCCCUCCUAUGUUGCUGCUACAAGUGUUCCCUUGAUCCUUCAUAGAAAUACUUUGAUACCAUGUUGAUAGGAAAUGACAUCGAGGACAGGGAGAUGACUGGCCAAAAAGAUAAGUCAGUUAACCCUUCUUAAUCUAUUUAUGAAAAGAACAGACCUCAAGUUGAUUGUUAGAAAAAAAAUACUCCUAUUGGAAGGCGCUCUGAUGAUGACAAAGAAUGCCUAACUAAAAGUGAAAGAAAUGGCGUAACAUAAUCUUAACUUGGUUAAAUGCUCGUUAUGAGAGCUUCAAUUGAUUUAAAUCUGAACUUUUCACAAAUGACCAAGUUGAUUAUUUCAUGAAAGUUUGUUUUCUUAUUUGCAGUGAAGCUGGAGAGCUUUAUAAAAAGAAGCUGGCCAAUUUUGUGGAGAAACGACUGAAAUCAGAGAGGACUGCUUCUGUAUGUAUCUACUGAUGUAUAGCUGCCCUGUUAAUUGAAUUAUUGUUUAAGCAUUCUUAUCUUUGUUUCUUUGGCUGAUGGUAAUCGAUAGUUGAAUCUUCUGUUUCCUUGAAAGUCUCUCCUUUGUUGUCUUUAUGGAACUCCACAAUAUGCUGUGAACACUUUCUGUCAUUUCCUGAUUUUUAAUAUUCACGUAAAAAGAUUGCUGCAUGUGACUGCAGCUUUCUCGGCAUUUGCAUCUUACAAUAUGGGCAGACUCUUCUCCAUAAAGAAUGAAAUGUUUUGUUUCGUUACACAGGCUACUGUUGCAUGCAAUUUUGUUUUUUUUUUGAGCCCUCAUUUUUGUGUAAUUUUAUACUAGUGACCGUAAGAUAUUUUUAUACUAAAUCCUCUGGGAUCGUACACAUGAUUUCCUAGAUAAUAUUAUAGCUGUAGUAAAUCUUUUUGUAGAUCGUUUUAUGAGGUUUUGAGUAUGGCCUGUUUUCUAAAACGUUUGGUAUAAUUAUUAACAUAAAUCAAUGGCCUGAAGUCUGAGGAAAUAAAGGUAAUUUUUACUUGUUUUUGUUCAUGCAUUAAAUUAUCAUUAGUCAGGUUCUGAACGUCUAUUCUAAGUUUGAUUUUUGAGCGUUGUCUGUUUUGUUUAAUGCCCAGUAAACACGAAUGCCAUCAGUUUUUAGAUUAAAAUACUUAACUGUGCACUUAUUUUCGAUCACGACCGAUUUGGGAUUAUAUGUUGGCUUUAGCUGCUGGCUGAAUAUGGAACAAUAUAGUACGACCUACAGAUAACUCAUUUGGCCUUCUAUCUGAACAUAUUUUUUUUGGGAUUUCUUUGUACUUUUGAAUUCAAUUUCAAACUAUUUAUUUGGAUCAAUGUUUGUCCGGAUUUUGUUGGCUAUUUUUUUAUGCUUUCUUUCUUGGUCGUAGUCUGAGCUCAGAUUACAAGUUUUCAGCCCUAAGUAGAUCACGGUAUCCUUAGAUUUUCAGAUCUGGUACCAGAUCAACCUCAAACUUUAAAAUCAAAUCGUAACACGAUGCGCAAACUCAAGUUUGGUGGGCAACACGAACCGAAAAUUCAUUGUGAAUUUUUUUUUGUUUCCCUAAUAAGUAGCCACCUGAAGUAUAUAACCACUGAACCAGUUCUGGGAGCCUGACAUUCCAUCCAACAAUGUUGUCCUUUUCAGAACUUUGUAAAUAUUCUGGCUUCAAUGUUAUUUGAACUUUUAGUAUCCUCAUUAUCAGUAAAAUGCGUUUAGGUGAUGACGCAUAACACUUUGUUGUAUUGUACUCGGAAAUCUUCAUCAUCCUCGAUUAAUUUCUAGUUUGUUGUGUAGCAGAUGUUCAUCUCACGGUAGAAAAGUAAUUUAGUAUAUACAGUUCUUAGUGAGAUGGUCUCACUGCGAUGUAAUCAAGGAUUCAAUUUUCAACUGAACAAAUUUCACCGAAUACGUGCUGGAUAAGCAGUCAUUAAUUAGCUAUCCCCAAACAUGUUAAUAGGUGUCGACAAAAUUGCUAUUUGGAUCUUAAAAUUAUUUAGUUAAAAAUUAGCUCCGCUUUGUUAGUUUUUGCGACAUGAAUCUUAUGUUUCGUUAUUUCAUUGUCUUCAUCUCACACAAGGUAGGCCUUACGAUGUUGGGUUAUAUCACCUUCAUACUGCAGUCAUCUGUUAUAACUGCGGGUUUGAACCGACUAAAUGUUGUUGAUCAUCAAACUCAAAGUUAUUUGGCCCUUUAUAUAUUUCUGAUCGGUCAUUACCACGUCACUUUCAUUCUUUUUUCCCCUGAUUAUAUAAGGGUUUUUUUUCCAUUAAAGACUUUUUAAGAAUUUGUGACUAGUUACUUUUCUUUUGAAUCUCUUCUUCUUAUCUAACGUGCAGGCUCAUUUUUUUUAUAUAUCUUUGUUUAAUUCUCUUCUGGUUUAGAUAUGGACAAGUACUCUUCAGAGAACAAUAUUGACUGCAAGCCCAAUUGUUGGAUUCCCUAAGGUUAGCCCUUUUUCACGUUUAGUUUAAUUAGCCUGCCGGAAUUUGAAUUUUAUAGGAUUGGAAAAGAAACAUUGACGUGAUUUGAUAUUGGGUAAUGAUCUUCACAAUCUUAGCUUAUCAAAUCUGGCAAUGGCCGAAUCUUUGCAAAGUCUGGUUUUGUUUGCGUGGUUCAGAUCAUGGCAGCCUGAAAGUUUCAGGCAUCGUAUAAUUCUGUCUUGUCAAAAAUUGGCCCCUACUAAAAAAAAGUGUUGGUCCGGCAUUGAUUGGCAUGGAUAAGUAUUAAGUGAACUGAUUGCUGCCCAAUCCUAUCAAAUAAUUUUUAAAGUAACUAACUUUGAUCCUAUGACUGUCAUUUGGCAUAGAUCCAGUGGCGUGCUCUGGACGAGAUAAAUGCAGGAGUAUGUGAUGGAAUGACCUAUGAAGAGAUCAAGAGAAACAUGCCUGAUGAAUAUGAGUAUGUAUAUAGCAUGGGUUCUUUCUUUAUCAAUUUACCUCAUCCUAAUCGUGUGAUUAAUAAUAAGGGCUUUCCGCUUUUAUCUGCAUUAAUACGUUACCUAUGCUUAGGAUGGCUCCUUUCAUGGUCAUAGUCAUCGUUCACAUAUUUCAUAUUCCUGAAGUAAAAUUACUAUUUUAGGAUGUGCUUGUUGUAAUCUGCAUGGCAGGUACUAAAUCCCUGGUAUUGUUGUUCAUGGUAAAAGUGACAUCUCUCCUGUGGUGGGAGUGAUACACAUUGGUUGUGUGAGGUUCUCAGUGAACACUUGAAAAGACAGAUAUAGUAGAGGUACGUCUGAAGAGUGUGGAGUACACAGCAAGAGGGACAUCUAGAAGAGAAAAUAAGUUAUUUUGAGAGGCAAUGGGUUCUACAUAGGAGCACUGAUGAGACCUACUGUUAGGUACCAAUGCUCUCUUUGUUGUAGGAAAAAUGAGGAAGAUAAAUGCUUAAACCAGGAGGAGAGAAGCAAUCACGCGUGUGCACAUGAAUUUGGACGCGGUUCCAAUAACCUGCAUCCAUGGACACCCCGAACACCAGAGAAGAGACGUUUCUUUAGGUGCAAAGAGUCAGGGACAAUGGGUGUGAGAUGAUCUCCAGGAAAAUAACAGACUCUGUGGUACAACGCCUAUGAUGAUGAGGGAAAGAGAAUAAGAGACAGGAAUUGGCCCAGACUGAAUUGGGAGACCGAAUUGGCCGAGAAGUCUGGACAUAUCAUCUAGACUUUAGCCAAUGUGGCCCAGCCUGAGUAGUCCAAAUGGUUUUCUGGACAGGGUUAUAAGAAAUUUUCAAGCCCACUUCCAUUGGAUUGAGAAACUUAUCCGAUUCCCACUGUGAUGUGGAUGAUUUAUAGGGCUUAUAUUACUUAGUGCUCAUUGCACUAAGUGCUUGCACAAAAGUAUGGGCAGAUUCUAUCUAUUGGCUUGGCUUCUUUUUUUUUUAGCUGUUGCUCUCCGUCGAAUGCUGACUUAUUCACGCCAUGAUUCCUUAAUUCAGGAUGUUUAUAAUGAAAAAUAUUCCUAAUCAUGACAAGGAACUGUGCUCUCUCGAAGAAAGCUCAAGUUUUUAUCGAACACUGAAGUAUGUAUUCUUAGUACUCAUCCUACUUUCUCUGAUUUCAGAUCUCGUAAGAAAGACAAGCUACGGUAUCGCUAUCCUCGUGGAGAGUCGUACCUUGAUGUUAUCCAGAGGUUUGCUUCUCAAUAUGCGUAAGAUCGGAAAGUGAGAGCACAAAAGAUGCCCUCAGAUGCACUGAAUGAGCUCAUUUCAUUGUUCUCAGGUUAGAACCAGUGAUAAUCGAGCUUGAACGGCAACGUGGUCCAGUUGUUGUGAUAUCCCACCAGGUGAGAUUAGUUCCAGAUCCUUUUUUCUACUUGAAUCCAUCAGCUACCGUGGACUUCCAUCGGUUCCUGAUCUAUAGUAUGGAUGAGGGUGGUUCAAGACAGAUUCGGGACUUCCUCAGGUUUCCAUACCCGGAGAAAAUCCUGUUCCUGCGAAGAUCCAAGAUGGAAAUGAGGAGAAUUUAAAAGAUAAGAUGAUGGAUUUAUAUGGCAUGUUCUGUCACGCCGGAGAUCUUGAAACCCCACGCGCGCUUUCAGAUGAAAUGCACCCAUCUGCUAUAUUUUUGAUCGGUGCUCUAUUGAUUAGACUAAUUUUCGCUGACUGUUUGUUUUUGUAUGUUUACAGGCUGUCUUGAGAGCUCUAUAUGCCUACUUUGCUGAUAAACCCUUGAAAGAAAUCCCUUACAUUGAGGUAUGAAAACGAUGGGCUUUUACUCUCCCUCUCUCUCUCUCUCUCUCUCUCUCUCUCUCUCUCUCUCUCUCUCUCUCUCUCUCUCUCUCUCUCUCUCUCUCUCUCUCUCUCCCUGUGUGUUUAUAUACACAGGACUUUGUGGGCACAUUUUGUUUCGAUGAUGCUGACUCUCUGUCACCCAAAAAUUCAGUCGUUUUAUCUCUCUCCGUUUGCCCAGUUUCUCUUCAAAUCCACCUCAACUCUCUGUCUAUCUCUCUCUCUCUCUCUCCCUCAAUCUCUCUCUGCCUGUCUCUGUCUCUCUCUAUCCUUCUCAAGUGUUCCGAUGGCUUCAGGUACCCCUGCAUACCAUAAUCGAGAUACAGAUGGGUGUUGCUGGCGUCCAAGAGAAAAGAUACAAGCUCAUGGAUUGA